GCUUUAAAGACGAUACUAGUGAAAUCGAAGAGCUCUAACUAAGUAUGUUUGUUGUGUACAGGAAAUGUUCACAAUGUCCAUAUCUCUCUCCUGAGCAGCACAUGACUUGCAGAUGACGCGUUCCUGGAGAUGCGCUGUGUCGGCCGGAGCGUCUUGCGCCCAAGAAGCACCGACGCGAUACCGAUAGGUGAAGUUCGAAAAUCUAGAGUCCAACGACUCUACGCGCAAAACCCGCAACUCGCUGCCGUCGUGGUUUCUAGGAGUUGCGCUGCUAGCAUCUCUAGCGAACGAUUGGUGUAGCACAACCGCGAUUGAAUUUCGCGUCCUGUGUAAAAGUCAGUCAAUCACGAAACGGCGGACAGGAAUAAGGGUGCGAAACACUCUCUCUCUCCCACCAGUGAUCAGGAACGUAAUUCAGGUACAGGCGAGCACACGACCGACUACACGUUCGUAGCCAGUCUUUAGCGGAGCCCGAAUCGGUAGCGAAGAUGGUGUUCGAGAAGACGCUAGUCACGAUGGUGAAGGGCAUUCGUGCCGCCCGGGGGCAGGAGGACCAGUAUAUUGCAGAGGCGGUGCACGAGAUCAAGGAAGAGAUCAAAGGUGGGAAUUUACGAGUCAAAUCCGCUGCUGUGCUGAAGCUUGCAUACCUGAAUAUGCUGGGGCACGAUAUCAUGUGGGCCUCGUUCGCUAUUGUUGACACUAUGUCGCGCGCGGACAAGAUGUCUUUACGCCGGCCGGCCUAUCUUGCAGCUGCCUUUUGCUUUCAAGAAAAAAAUGACCUGGGUCUCAUGCUGAUUAACCAUUUCAAAAAGGAGUUGAUGACCGGCAAAAAAAGCCCGACAGAAAUGGGUAUACAUACUUACUAGAAAAGAAUAUGGACUACACAACUUCUAACGAGAGAAGAUGUUGUACAAUCAUGAUUACUUCUUAGCUCAUUCAGAAGAUAGUUUCAGUUUGGGAUCGAUUCUUGAUUCAAUUCUGUUCUUUUUAUCAGUGGGAUAAGUGCCCAAAUGAAUACAACACAUAAAGAUUUUUGUACGAUCAACUUAUCACUGGAAGAAUCCAAUGGAAUACGCAUCAAAUUUUCCACCAUGCAUCAAGAAAAGACCACAGGUAUUGCGUUAUCGAAUCUUGCUGUAAUCUGCACGCCAGACAUGGGUCGGGAAUUGAUUGGGGAUUUGAUUUCGCUACUUUCCAGCAACAAAGCUUACAUCCGGAAGAAGGUGGUUUUAUGCAUGUUUCGCAUGUUUCUACGAUAUCCUUUAGUUAAGGCUCGAUACAAUUCAUUUCCACGGGUCAUUUUCUUCGGUUUCCUUCCUAGGAUUCUGAAAAAAUGAAGGGAAGAAGUGAAUUGCUUUGAGCUCUAAUAUAGGACUGAGACAAGCCUUCCCGAAGCUGAAGGAGAGGCUCACAGACGAAGACCAGGGAGUUUUGACUGCCACUGUCAACACUUUUCUGGAGCUCACACGAAAAAACGCUAGAAAUUUUAUGCUGCAUGUGGGACGUUAUUCUUAAAAGCCACUGUUGUCAGUGCCACUUUGUUUUUGUUAAGCUACCCUGAUUAAGAAUAGUAAAUUGAAGAUGUCGACGGCGUCAUCAAUUUGUGAGCCAAAUGAGGCUCUGACAUCUGCUGUUAUUUCUACCUACCUCCCCGCCGCCCUGCUUCAAGACCGAUUUGAUACUGGUGCCGCACUUUUUUACCCUGUUGACGGAGACAAGCAACAAUUGGCUGAUGAUCAAGCUUCUCAAGGUUUUCGCCCAGUUAUGUCCUUUAGAGCCACGCUUGGCAGGGAAACUACAGAGUCCACUGCAGGAUAUCCUCAAUACGACGCGCGCGAAGAGUGUCGAAUUCGAGACGAUACGGUAUUGCUUAGAUUGUAAUGUGUGAUCUUCAGUGUUUCUUGUUGAUGCAAGAGCAAAAAAUGCAGACGGUGAUUUUUCGACUUUCCAAAGGAAUAGGAAAGGAAUAUGUGAAGUCUUCCAUCCUUCCAAAAAGCCGCUGACCGUUGGAUUUUCUAUUCUUUAUUUAUUACGAUUCACAUCACUCCUAAUUUGCGAUUGCGGCAACCACUCUUUCUUUUAGCCAUUCUUUACUUCCCCAGAAGGUGUGUAACGCGUGUAUUAUCGUGGGAUUGCGUCGUCGUUGCCCAAGCGCUGGAGAAAGCAAGGUCGUUUUUAUUGUCAGGUGACCGAAAUUUGAGGUAUUUGGGCCUCGAAGUGGUCGACGAGUUCUUAAAGAGGAAUGCGACUGUGCCGUACACGGACCUGCCACUGCCUUCCGAUUUGCACGAGGUUGUUCUCGAAGCAAUUGAAGAGGUGGAUCAGACCAUUCGAGUAGUGGCGCUUUCAAUACUAGACAAGAUCGUUUCGAAAGAAAGUUUCCCACGCAUCGCGGACAAACUGCUGCGGAUGAGCAACAGCACUUCCCACACCGGAUCAGGUGACGAGUACGUCAAGACACUUCUGACAUUAUGGGCAUAUUGUUUUGAUCAAAGAAAAGAUUUUGAUGGAGUUUCAUAAAGCUGCUGGCAACCGAUCGUUCUGCCGUUUGUCACCGGUUUUGCCAAUGCCUUCGAUUUGUUGCCUCGCUCUCUUGGUCAUGAAGGAGGAGGAUUGACUCGGAUACUUUUCAAGAAGUGGACUUCACCAUGACGCACUCUAAUUUCUAUGGGGGAGCAAGACCAGUAUGCGCUAGUGGAGGACUUUGGGUGGUACGUUCUUACUUUGGCAGACAUCGCGAAAAAGAAGCAUAGCGUCCAUGGGCAGACAGUGGCUGACCAAUUUGCAGACGUCUGCGCGCGAGUAGAAGGCGUGCGUCCAUAUGCUGUAUCCGUAGCACAAAUUCUCAUCAUUGGAACCGGAACCGGAAGUACAGGGGUAACGACAUUCAUGAUAAGGAUGAAUGGGUUGUUUAAUGAAUUGUCAACAACGACAUCUUCUAGUUCGUGAAGGAAAUAAACCAGUGACCGUGCAUCUUUUAGGAAACUAACUUCACAAAUUUGCAAAUGAGCUGAGGUUCCGAUGUACGUACUCUCCUGCCGAAACAAUACAGCUGCAGAGUUGCGCCCCGUCAAUGAUUUCGUCUUGCGCCUGGGUACUAGGUGAGUAUCCACAAUUCAUAGAGGAAAAUUACACAAAACAAAUCUUGGAUAUUUUCUUAAGUAAAGAGGCGCAGGCGCUAACACCGAGCACCCAAGUCACAUGCAUGUGGGCCGCGAUGAAAGUCUUCUGCAAGUACUUGCCAACUUCUUUCAACUUCAAAUGAGGAUUCAAACUAAUUUCUGUUAGGAUGAAGACGAAAGUCACAUACCUGAAGGAUGUUCUUGAAUUUCCCGAUCCCCGACUGGUUUUUUGUGAAAAACGUAUCACUGAGAUACGAUAAAGACUAGGCUGAAAUUCGUUUUUCUUGAAAUUUAACAGGCGUACCUGCAAUAUGGAAGGCGAUAUGACAGACCAGACUGAUUUUGAAUCACUUCGGGAAUCUUUUUUGGCCAGCAUGCGAGAAAUGGUUCUUUCACCUCAUGUCGAAGUUUCUGAUCGUGCAACGAUAGCAUUCUUCCUCCUCCAAUGGAGCUCAGGCAAAGAGGCACUACAAGCCUUUUAUCCGUCUGACGAGCUGGAAGUGCUGGCUGGAGGGUGCUUCUACACAUAUUAUAAUAAAUCUUUGUGAGCCUUUUUUAAUAAUUGUAAUGGUGGGCUUCUGCUACCGCUUCCUUUUUGCUCUGCUGUGUGUACCAUAGAGGGCUUUGUUCUACUCAAAAUUCAGGGAGCAAGACGCUGUCGUCGAGCCGGAAGAUCUGGAUGUGCCGUUCUAUGAGGAGCCGGAGCGUUUUCCACCUGCGGAUAGUGCGGAGCAAUCCGACCAUGUUGCGCUUGAUGCUGCCUCGCCUAUGGUGAACGGGCACCCUGAUGCAAAUGGUCACGCAAGUGCAGCCGCAGACAUGAUAAUGUCUCUCAAAAAAGGAGAAGCAGAGCAAGCGGCAGCAGUGCCAAGUGCACCGACGCCAGUGGACCCAUUAGCGGCUAUGAGAGAAAAAUUGCAGCAGAACAAACAGCAAUAUUCAGUCGUGCGGAAAGAGAAACCAAAAGCAGAGCAAGGAGGUACAACUUCUUUUCUUAUCAGCAAACGCUAACGUCAUCUAACCUUCCUCGCUGCAUGAUUUAUUAUCAAAUGCAUCCUUAUCAACGAGGUGAACAGAGAUGGAUGAAAAUACCAGAGGUUCUCUUCUCUCUCGACGCAGCUGAUUCUUUCUCCCUCUCACAUCAGUUGGUAGUCAACCGGUCACGCCGCUGGUCGCAGCGAGUCAGGCGGCUUUUUUGCAGCAGCAACAGCAGCAAGCGUUCCUCUUAGCACAACAACAGCAGGCUGCUGCAUAUGCCGCGCAGCAACAAGCAGCGGCAUUAGCUGCACAACAGCAGGCAGCCGUAGUAGCCGCACAGCAGAACUUUUUGCCUACGAUUUCCGAAAAGGAAUUGCAGGAUUUUCUCGGCAAGCGGUGGACGGUUUGGGGCAAAGACGAUAGCAUCUGUGUCUACUGCUGCAUCAAGAAUCGUAAGGGCACGCAGUUGCGCGUAGAUUUGCGCGUAGAGAAAACGGGCAACGCCGCAGUCAAAGAUGCGGGUGUACAGAUAUCAGACGUGAAGCUCGUUGCAAAGCCAGGCGGUGCAUCUGCCUCAGUGCUGCCAAACGGCGAGUUCGCGCUUGUGGAGGGUGAGUUCGCCGAAGAAAGAUCUGGAAAGCUGAAAGCGUCCUUGAACUUGGCACCUUUGCUGGAGCGUGCCGCAGCAUCGCCCAGCGCCACACAGGUAGACGGGGAUGCGCUCACGCUUGGAAAUUUCGACGUCGUGUACCAAAAAGUCUGGCGGGAAAAAGUAGUGAGCCAACGCAGUGAGUCCUCUUCUUCGACCAGCAAUUCGUCGUCAGAGGCAAUAGAUUUAGCUACCGGCCAGACGUUAAAACUUGCGGCACGCAGCGAUGGCGACGAUUUGUUGGACCUGCUUGAUGCGUCUAGUCCCGCUGCGAAUGACUUUGAGGCGGCGCUGGGGGCUGGAGACAGUAGCGUUAGCAGUAGUACAACGACUGGUGGACCAGGGUCAUCAAUUACGGUUCAUCCCGCCAACAACUUCAUCUUCUGCUGGUUCGCAUUUUGAUUAAGUAGGUCCUGUUCUCAUACUUCUCACAAUUUCGUUUAAAAAAUUCCUAAGGAGGUGUACGCUGUGAUCGAUCUUCUAUGUAUGUUACAAGAGAUGCAUUAACCUGAGAGGCUCUAAGCCAAGCGGAGCCCCUGGUGGUGGGACUGUGGUGGUAUCUGAAACAGAAGUUCCGAAAUCAGCACUUGUUUCCCUGAUUCAAAACCGAGCAAAAUUGACGGCCCUGGCAUCUAGCAGUGCAUCGUCCUCGGCGUCGUCCGAUGAUCUCUUUUCGGUGGGGCUCGAUGUUCCUGCUCCGGCACCUCCGCAGCCACUAACCUUGAGGUUGCCGCCGACAGUUUUCUUAGAGCCGAAGCGCUGGAGCGAGGAUGAAAUAGCGUCGUACAUCGGCCAGAACAGCAAGACCCACCUGACGUCACAGGCGGGCGACGUUUGCCAGCUGCCAUUCGCAAAUCUGCGUAGCCUCAUCGUGCAAAACGGCCCACCAACAGCGGAACAACCGGAAGGCGUGGUGUCGUAUGCAGCGGUCGAGAAAAAGAUAGCCGAAGAACUUCUCCCGAAAGCGGUCGGUAAAGCGGCAGUAGUAUGCGGAUUCCACGGGCUCCAGCAGGGUGCGGGUGGCUCGGCAGCGGGACCGCGCAAGUUUCUGCUUAUUUCGCAGCCAUGGCAACACAAGGGGGCGGAGGCCGCGCCGCAUCUAGUGAGUCUCUGCGCUGGCAUCGUCAAAGACGGAGUAUUUAAUCUACGGGUCACGGUCAAGGGUGCUGAUCAAGCAAGCGUUGAUGCGAUCAAAGAUGACCUCGCGAAGACACUGAAGGACACGCUUGCUGCGGUUCUGUAGUGAGGUGAGUAAAGUCGACCGCUUGUGUCAAGUGAUCGACACGAGGGCACUGUUGUAAAAAAUCAAGUCUCCACUUUUUGAGUUUGUACUUGUGCUCCCUACUCCUUAUUUGGGGAGCACAUUCUGCGGCUAUCACUUUCACAAGCUAUUUUCACCUCAAUGUUUAUAUGUUGAUUUUAUUAGAUUUAGAUUUAGAAUCCAGUUUGGGGCGUCGUAAUCCAGGAGGAGUAUCUAAGGCUAGUGCCUUGAGCAGAGAUUCAUCUCUAGAGACCAUAAAAAAGGAUCGCUUUAGGUACUACAAAUAGAACAUCACAACUUUCUCUUCGAUCGAAAUUUGUUCAUUCAGUAGAAGUCAUUCUUAGAUGCAAGAUCCACCGCCGUGCUUCUGAAUGCAAAUCGGCAUUCAAUUUUUUUCGGUGUGAUCUUCAGACCCAAAGAAGUCUGACGGACAUUCCUUCCCGACGAUCUUGAAUAUUUAGACAUGUUUUGGCUUCCAAGAAUAUGAAAAGUUUCAUCGUGCAGCUGGUGAUCUCGUGCUAAUUCUGCUCUGGCGGAUUUGCACACACAGGACGCGAGGGAAGGUUGCUGGGAACGAGAUCCGUAACCUUGGACGUCCUCGAAAUGAAAUUUCGGGGAUGUUGUGUUGAUACGCGGGAUGAGAGGAUGAUGUAGGUCAAUGUUUCCUAGGGCCGUGUUGCCUUAGGUGUGAUCAUCUGUCGAGGAUCUCCGAUAUGAAAGUGGAUCAUGAUCAAUGAAUCGCCAAUGCUCCGAACGUGGACCGUUCAUAGCGUCACGACUAAUAGCUAAGAUAAUCAUAAUAGG